ACGUGCGUUCGCAAACGCUCAAUAACAGCCACAACAUGGAUUUCGUUGAGGUACCAGUGUCCGAAGAUGUACCUAGUGCUAAGGGUAAAGUUAAAAAACAAAAGAAACAAAAGAAAAGUGGCGAGAAAGCGACUGAAAAUGUCCCAGCAGAGUCUGAACCCGCAGAGUUCAGUUCCUCAUUACCUCCUACAUUCAGCUUGUCGGAAAUAAAAAAUAAACAGCGAAGACACCUUAUGUUUAUGAAGUUCAAGCAAGAGAAAAGAAAGCAAAAAUUGCAGUUGAGAAAGAAAAGAAAAAAGGAGAGAGAAGCACUUGGUGACAAGGCACCACCGAAAGAAGUUCCAAAGACUAUUGAAAAUCAGAGAAUACACGAUGAGACAACAGUAGACCCAGAGGAUGAGGAGGUGGCUUUUGAUGAAGGCACAGAUGAGUUCUCAGCAUACUUCAACAAACUGAUAAACCCUAAAGUUCUCAUCACUACCUCAGACAGACCAAGAGGGAGAACUGUAAGGUUUUGUGAGCAGUUAGCAACAGUCAUACCGAAUGCACAUGUGUACUACAGAAGAGGUCUUGCUCUGAAGAGGAUCAUUCCUCAGUGUGUAUCCCGUGAUUUCACCUACCUCAUGGUCAUCAAUGAGGACCGAAAAGUGCCAAAUGGUAUGGUUCUCUGUCACCUUCCUGAUGGACCAACUGCACAUUUUAAAGUCAGUAGUGUUCGACUCCGAAAAGAGAUGAAGAGAAAAGGAAAGGCACCAACAGAACACUAUCCAGAGGUCAUUCUGAAUAACUUCACCACUAGACUGGGCCACAGCAUCGGCCGUUUGUUUGCUGCACUUUUUCCUCAGGAUCCACAGUUUGUAGGUAGACAGGUUGCCACUUUCCACAACCAGCGAGACUUCAUCUUCUUCAGGUUUCACAGGUACAUCUUCAAGAAUGAGAAAAAAGUGGGUAUUCAGGAACUAGGGCCCCGGUUCACUCUUAAGCUGCGUUCUCUGCAGAAAGGGACAUUUGACUCCAAGUUUGGGGAGUAUGAAUGGGUUCAUAAGCGCCAUGAAAUGGACACCAGCAGAAGAAAAUUCCAUCUCUGAAGACAGUGGGGAGUAAAAUAUCACCCUGAUGAGAUGAUAUUUAAAGUGCAGCCAGUUGAAUUGUUGCUAUUGUAAAAAUGUGUAUCAUUUAAAUCAAUUCUGAUCAUCGGUCCAAAUGGAGAUUUUAUACAUUGGAUGAAUUAGAAGAGGGGUCUUAGAUUUUGAUGGCAAAAUGUGUCUCAGAUGUGCAGCCGGUCACUCUGAUGUAUAUCAUAAUGUGCUGUGGUGUUUACUACCUACAUGUUAAGGAAGAAUGUUUCUAUUAUAUUCUAAACAAGCUUGGCU